AUGUCUUUUGAAGUGGGGACAAGGUGUUGGUAUCCUCAUGAUAAGGAAGGAUGGAUGGGAGGUGAAGUAACCAAACAUGAAUUCAAUGAUGGUAAACAUCAUCUGGAACUGACAUUAGAAGAUGGCAGUGUGAUCCCCAUAGUUACGAAGUCAUUGGUGAAAGAAGGUAGUAUCAGUAAUGAAGAUAGCAGUCAAAAGCUACCCCAAUUGAGAAACCCCCCAAUCUUAGAGGCAACAGAAGAUUUAACUUCACUGUCGUAUCUAAAUGAACCUGCUGUUUUACACGCCAUAAAGCAACGUUAUUCACAAUUGAACAUAUACACUUAUUCGGGUAUAGUUUUAAUUGCUACAAAUCCGUUUGAUAGGGUAGACCAACUCUACAGUCAAGACAUGAUCCAGGCUUAUGCUGGUAAGAGAAGAGGUGAAUUGGAACCACAUCUGUUUGCCAUUGCUGAAGAUGCAUAUAGAAUGAUGAAAAAUGAUAAGAAAAAUCAAACUAUUGUUGUCAGUGGUGAAUCCGGUGCUGGUAAAACGGUCUCAGCCAAGUACAUUAUGAGAUAUUUUGCAUCUGUCGAAGAGGAAAACUCUAAUGCCAUGGACAACGUACAGCAUCAAGUGGAAAUGUCAGAAACCGAACAAAGGAUUCUGGCGACGAAUCCAAUCAUGGAAGCAUUUGGUAAUGCGAAGACCACCAGAAAUGAUAACUCUUCUAGAUUUGGUAAAUAUUUGGAGAUUCUUUUCGAUAAGAACACUUCAAUUAUUGGUGCUCGUAUCAGAACUUACCUUUUGGAACGUUCACGUUUAGUUUAUCAACCCAAGGUGGAAAGGAAUUACCACAUUUUUUACCAGUUACUUUCUGGACUACCGCAAGAGGUUAAGAAGGAAUUGCAUUUGACCAGUGCGGAGGAUUAUACCUAUAUGAACCAAGGUGGUGAAACAGAAAUUCCAGGUGUUGACGACGCACAGGAAUAUAAAACUACGGUGGAUGCUCUGACUUUAGUCGGUGUAGAUCAAGAGGUUCAGUCUCAGGUUUUCAAAAUUUUAGCAGCACUUUUACAUAUUGGUAACAUUGAAAUUAAAAAGACAAGAAACGAUGCAUCCCUCCCCUCUGAUGAACCUAAUUUGCAAAUAGCAUGUGACCUACUGGGAAUAGAUUCUUUCGAGUUUGCCAAAUGGAUCACCAAAAAGCAAAUCAAUACCAGAUCUGAAAAAAUUGUAUCGAAUUUGAACUAUGCUCAAGCAGUAGUCGCCAGAGAUUCUGUGGCCAAGUUUAUCUACUCUGCACUUUUCGAUUGGUUGGUGGAGAAUAUCAAUACAGUGCUUUGUAAUCCUGAAGUUAGUGAUCAAGUGGAAUCCUUCAUUGGUGUUUUAGAUAUUUAUGGUUUUGAACAUUUUGAGAAGAACUCCUUUGAACAAUUUUGUAUCAAUUAUGCCAAUGAAAAAUUACAACAAGAAUUCAACCAACAUGUUUUCAAAUUGGAACAAGAGGAGUAUGUGAAAGAGGAGAUCGAAUGGUCAUUUAUUGAAUUCAAUGACAACCAACCUUGUAUCGAUUUGAUUGAAAACAAAUUGGGUAUUUUAUCGCUAUUAGAUGAAGAAUCCAGAUUACCUGCAGGAUCCGAUGAAUCUUGGACUCAAAAAUUGUAUCAAACCCUAGAUAAACCACCUACCAAUAAAGUUUUCUCAAAACCAAGAUUCGGUCAAACCAAAUUUGUUGUUAGCCAUUAUGCCCAUGAUGUUGCUUACGAUGUGGAAGGUUUUAUUGAAAAGAAUAGAGAUACCGUUUCCGAUGGUCAUUUGGAAGUUCUAAAAUCUACCAAGAGUGGAACUUUGCAAAGUAUCUUGAAGAAUCUGGAAGAAGCAGCCGCCAGACUGGAGGAGGCAAAGAAAGCCCAACAGGAACAAGCUCAAAAGAGGCCUGGUCCCGCUAGAACUGUGCAAAGGAAACCAACUUUGGGUUCAAUGUUUAAACAAUCCUUGAUUGAAUUAAUGGAUACCAUCAAUUCCACUAAUGUUCACUAUAUCCGCUGUAUAAAGCCCAAUAGUGAAAAGGAACCUUGGAAAUUUGAUAAUUUGAUGGUUCUUUCACAACUGAGAGCAUGUGGUGUUUUGGAGACCAUUAGAAUUUCAUGUGCUGGGUUCCCCUCUAGAUGGACUUUCAGUGAAUUCGUUCUGAGGUACUACCUUUUGAUACCUUCUAAUGAAUGGUCUAAGAUUCUAGGCUCAGAGGGUCCUACAGAGGGUAGUGUCGUGCAAAUAUGUAAAAUGAUCCUCGAUGCUACAGUGACGGACAGCGACAAGUACCAGAUCGGUAACACUAAAAUCUUUUUCAAAGCCGGUAUGUUAGCAUACUUUGAAAAACUAAGAUCUGACAAGAUCCGUACCUCCAGUGUUUUGAUCCAAAAGAACAUUAGAGCCAAGUAUCAACGUAAGCAAUAUUUGGCUACACAACGUUCACUGAGAAUGUUAGGUGCUCAUGCCUAUGGUCUCAUCGUGCGUCAUAGAGUUCAGGAUAAAUUCAUGACCAAGGCCGCCGUCAUGGUACAAACAUUGCAUAGGGCUAAGGUUGUUAGGGAGCGUAUUUCGUCUAUCUUAGAUUCUGUUGUUAGAAUCCAAUUUUUGGUGAAGAGACAAUUGUCUGCUAGAGAAAGGAAGGCUACAUAUGAAUCCAACGCUGCUCUCGCCAUUCAGAGUAGAAUCAGAUCUUUCCAACCACGUAAGAAAUAUAACAAUAAUAAGAGGGAUGUGGUUAAAGUACAAGCUUUGGUGAGAAGAAGAUCUGCUAUGGCCAAGUUGCAGACAUUGAAAUCAGAGGCUAAAUCUGUUAAUCAUUUACAAGAGGUCAGUUACCAAUUGGAAAACAAAGUGAUAGAGUUGACUCAAAAUUUAGCAUCCAAGGUGAAGGCCAACAAAGAAAUGACCGCACGUAUUGCAGAAUUGCAAGCUGCAUUAGCUGCAUCUGCUACUUUGCAGUCCCAAAUCGAGGAGCAGAAACGUGAACAUUCCAAGGCUCUUGAGAACCAAGCUAUGGCUCAUGAUCACGUCUAUAAAGAUCUUGAAGAUCAAAAGAAAGAAGCAGAGUUGCAAAUGCAACAAGUUGGGCAGGAGGUUCGUAGCAUUACUGAGAAAUACAACAAGAUUAAAGAAGACUCGAAGUCCGCAUUGGAAGAAUUGGAAAAUACAAAGAUUCAAUUGAGAGAUUCCAAGACUCAGAAUUCCGAUUUGCACGAUCAAGUGAAGUCCCUAAAGGAAGAAAUUUCACGUUUGCAAAACAAUAUGGCUUCUGGUGCCGGUUUUGUUCAAACUCCAAGAAACUCCAUGAGAUAUAGUAUGAAUGGUAGCGAUAUUCUGUCGCCUGGCCAGAAGAAUUUGAUUUCUAUGAAUGGACCUUCCACCACUGUUCCCUUCACCGGGUUGGGUAUUGAAGGCACCAAUGGCAUGAGUGACAACAAAUCCACUAUGAGUACUUUGUCUCAAAUUAACGAUGAAUUGUACAGAUUAUUGGAGGACACUAAAGUGCUUAACGAAGAAGUUACUGAAGGUCUAAUCAAGGCAUUCAAAGUUCCUGAUUCUGGUGUGGCUAUUCAAUUAAGUGAAAGAGAAGUACUAUAUCCUGCUAGAAUUCUAAUCAUUAUCUUGAGCGAUAUGUGGAGAUUAGGUCUCACAAAGCAAAGUGAAGGUUUCCUUGCUGAAGUAUUGACUACCAUUCAAAAAGUGGUUCAAGGUCUCAAAGGUGCUGAUGUCAUCCCUGGCGGUGCCUUCUGGCUAACAAAUGUUCGUGAAUUGUACUCAUUUGUAAUUUUCGCUCAAGAAUCUAUCUUGAAUGAUGAAUCCUAUAACAAGGGUCUCACAGAGGAUGAAUAUAAGGAAUACGUGGUUCUUGUCACAGAAUUGAGAGAAGAUUUCGAGUCAUUGAGUUACAAUAUCUACAACAUUUGGUUGAAGAAAUUGCAAAAGGAUCUACAAAAGAAGGCUGUUCCUGCAGUGAUUCUAUCUGAAUCCCUGCCCGGUUUCAAGAACGAGCCAAACAGAUUCUUGUCUAAUUUAUUUGGUUCUGGUCCUGAGUACACUAUGGAUGAUAUUCUAACUUUCUUCAACAGUAUUUAUUGGUGCAUGAAAUCUUUCCAUGUGGAGAACGAUGUUUUCAGAAACACAGUUUUAAUCCUUUUGAACUAUGUGGAUGCAAUCUGCUUUAACGAUUUAAUUAUGAGACGUAACUUCUUAUCCUGGAAACGUGGAUUACAAUUGAAUUACAACGUCACUAGAUUAGAAGAGUGGUGCAAGACCCAUUACAUUCCUGAAGGUGCUGAAUGUCUACAGCAUUUGGUACAGACUUCCAAAUUGUUGCAGUUGAGAAAGCAAGAUUUAGAUGAUAUUAAAUUACUAUGCGAAAUCUGUACUGCAUUGAAACCAGCACAAAUGCAAAAAUUGAUGACUCAAUAUGCUGUGGCAGAUUAUGAAGCUCCUAUCAGUGUAGAAAUUCUAAAUUAUGUUGCUGAAAAAGUUAAGAAAGGUGCAUCAUUAUCAUCAGAUGGUAAAUCUAAGGUCCAUAGUGAUGAUAUUUUCCUACAGACUGAAACUGGACCUUUCGAAGAUCCAUAUGUGGGUAUGGAAACUAGACAAUUCCGUAAGAUUGAAGCAUAUAUUCCAGCGUGGUUAAACCUACCAACGACGAGAAGAGUGGUAGAAUUGGUCACUAGACAAGUUUCUGUACAAGAAUCAAGCCCUUUGUAUGAUGGAUCGGGUAAAGAGGAGGAAAAUUAA